AUGACGAUGAUGGCUACAUUGGAUGAAAGCGAUCUGUUCAGUCAAAAUAGCGGAGUAAGAUUGUAUUCUAGUUUUUGCUUUCAAAAACUUUUUUUCAGAGCUUCUGGGGCUCCAGUGAAGUUUCAACGUUGAUAGAAGGCUCCUCCGAGUCGACCAAUAUUUUCCUGUCCAACUGUAUUUAUGUAACGUGUUGUGCAAUUCUUCGUGGUCGGAAACUGUUUAACGAAAAAGCUUUCGAACCUUUAAAAGUUUCGGGUAAGUCCUUAAUUUGUGUGUAAAAUUCCUAGUAAACGAUUUUUAGACACAGUGAAAAGCUAUGUGAUGAACCAAACAACUAGCAUGGGAGCGAAAGUUUUCAAAAAAUUUCAUGGAAUUCAGGAGGCUAUUGAAAACAGAUAUUUGAGAGUAUACAAUAUUUAAUUUUUUUAAAUUCUAAUUUUUGAUCUUUAGAAUCUAGCUUUAAUCGUUGGAACUGGCGAAGACGAAGAUAGCGCGAUUGAGGCCUUUACAUGGAAAGUUUACUAUGACCAAGAAGGCCGGCCCCACGCUGAUUUGGAGGGGUUGAAAAAAGAUAUUUUUCCGAUAAAAUGUGUAAUGAAAACGUUUCAGAGUCGUUGAAAACGACAGGAAAGAACUGGGAAAGAUUGGCUACGAAGGCCCAGCGAACCUCAAAAAACAAUUUCUUUCCAUCAUAACUCAUUUGGAUCAUUUGUUCACUACGCUAUCGCCAUUGCCUUUAGAUGCCGUGCCAAGUUUCAGACUGGCUUAUUCGCCAGGUUAGUCAAAAACAGCGAUAUUGAGUAGAAAGUUUCAAGAAAAAUAGUAGUUUUUAAAAAAAUGAAAAAUCUGUAUUGCUUCAGGUUUUUUUAAAUGACGCUUGAGUGUUUCAAUCGCACAAGAGCAAUUUUACAACCUAAAUUUUUCAUAUAUUUUGAUCUGUAAAGGUCUUAGAGAAAAAUAGUUUUUGAAUAUAUCUUUCAGAAAGAACAAGAACUCUACCUAGAAAUUCCCUGUGAAAGAUAUUUAGACCUCAAAAGGGUUUCUCAGCAAAUUUGUAGAGAAAAUUACAAAAUUCACAUCAAAUGACUUUCCUUGAAAUUUUCGGACAAUUCUAAUUUUUUUCUAGGAACUCCGAAAGACUACCAACCGCCGGGUUUCGAAAGUUGUCCAGUUUUCUUCAGAAUCCCGCGGCAUUAUGCCUAUGACGUUGGAAAUAUGCGCUUCCCUAAACACUUGUUUGUUGUUAAUCGCGGAUUUUGUUGAUUUGAUGUUAUUAAGAAUCAAAUUGAACUGCCGAACAAUGUGCACCGAGCAAGUUUUGGAGGAAUCUCCGUUCAGCAGCAGCAAUGAUUCCGAUCGUCGUCGGCCUCUGUAUCAUACUCAAAGAGUUGAGAUAUUUUGCAAAAUUUUGAAAAGUCUAUAAAAUGUUUCAAAAUUGGAUAUUUUCCUCAAAAAUUUCUCAUUAAAAAAGGCUUCUUCAGUUUUUAAUAUUUUUGGACAUUUAAAGUUAGCCCAGAACCUUUUCUGAAGAGAAAACUUACAGAGAAGCGACCGCCCGUCAUCCAAAAAAAGAGCUGAGGAUCAAAACGAAGAAGAUUUCGACCUGAACCUCAUCGCCGAGCAUAACUUCGACGAACAAAACUUCGACGAAUCCGCCCCGACGGAACAAAUUCGCGAAUCUUCGCCUGACCUCUUCCAGCCCCUCGCUGAGCCACAUUCUCCAGCUCUGCGCGAGAUUCACUCGAGAAGAGAGGCCGACAACAAAACUCCACAGACUAGGAAACGAGGCGCCGUUGUUCGGGAGCUUUCGGACGGGAGUCUGGAACAGGAGACGAAGUCUGCCAGUGGUAGGUUUUGGGGUACAGAAAAACAAUAAAUUUGAUAUUUUCUGGUUCAAUUUUUAUAUGAGUUUUGUUUGAAGGAACAGUCGCUAUUUUUUUUUUUUUGCUUUUUGGCGCCUUUUAUAUGCCUUAUUUAGCCAGCUGCGAUGAAUGAACUAUUGAUUGUUUCAAAUCUCAGAAAAUAUGAGGAAAAGUCUUUCAAUUUGAGGAAGUAACAGCGAUUUCACAACAGGUCUAAUAAAAAUGCGAUAUUUUUUAAAAUUGGUUGACUCUACAGAAAAGAAAUCGAAAAAGUUCAAAAUAAGCCAUUUUUCUCGUAAAUUAUUGUCAGAACAGAAACAUGAUUCUGAAAACGAAUCCAUUUUUUUGACCGCAAUUACAGAACAUGAUUCUGAAAACGAAUCCAGAGACCGGCUCUACGAUUCUUCUUCUCCGACGCCGCCAAAACGACGAACCCUGAACAAAUCUCAAGCGCAAAGAGUUCAAAAAGUCGUCAAAGAUUUGUUCGUCGAAACGACUCGUAGAACUCGCGUCUUUUCCAUGGAAGAUGAUGAUGAAGCGGAAAAAGAGAACGAAAAUCUUAAUACUGUUGAGGAAAUCCAGGAAGAACAGCCGAUUUUCGGUAGGUUUCCGAUUAGUGACAGUUUGAGGCUCAUUGAAAAGUGUUCAAGUCGAUUCUUAGAGGAUAGAUUGAGAAUCCUAGGCUCGACGGUCGUGGAAAUCGGAUCGUCGCAAACUGCGGUGGAAACUCGAAAAAUCGACCUCAGUUCACAGCCGAUCGCCGCUCGUUUGGCCUCCUUGGCCGAUUCCAUCCAAUUUUUCGACUCCGAUGAAACGGCAAUGCCCAAAUCGAGCUCUGGACCCACUCAGGAGAUCCCUGAAACCCUUUCACCUGAAACUGCGGUCUUUGAAAAGAAUGAAGCUUGUUUUAUAGAUCUGUUUUCAAUUUAGGAGUCGCGAAAACGCCGCAAGACUGACACGGCUGUUGUCGUGCGGCAGCAAAGAUUUGGAAGGACUGAAGACUUUUUCGUUGAAUCUGCGCCUCCUGCUGUCCCGAUGAAAGAAAAAAAGGUCGUCAGCGUGAAGAAAUUGAUAGAAAAAUGACUUUGGAAGCUAUAAUAUAUUAAUUUGUCUUUUAAAAUACCCGAAACGGGAGUAUUAUAAUGUUAUUAUUGGUCACACAUGUUUCUUCGUCUUUACAGAGCUCACAGAGGAACUAUAUCAUACUGGUUUUAAAAGGAUAGCGAGAAAGGUUCUCAUCUAAAAAGCGCAAAACUUUUUUUGAAAGCCCCGUUUCUUCCCACGAAGCCGAAGAAGGUCUCCAAAAUACAAUUAGCCUUGAGAAAACUUUAAAAAAUCUCGAACAUUUGCAAACAGAAAAAGGGAAAACGUGUGAAAACUACCUUUCAUCCUUCUUUUUGUAAUUUUUGUCAAUCCUAGGAAUCUUCCAAGAUGAAAGACGCGUCUUCAGCGAGAAGGAAGCUUUUCUGCAGGACGAGUCCUUUAAACACGCCUGAGGUUUGAGAAUGACGAAUAAAAAUAAUCUUCAAGUGGUCAUUCCAGGGCUCUUCGGCGGAAUCUCGCCAGGCUCACCAAGGGACGUCUGAAUCUUUCAGCGAAUCGGCCUCCAGAAGAUUUGUUAGAAGUUCUCCCAUUCGGUUUGAAAAACGUUUAGAAAAAGAAAAUAUCUCAGUUUUUUCAGGCGCUCGAACAUCUGA